UUCUCCAACAACGCCACCUUCUUUACUGGCAUUGUGGUGAAAUGUCAGUACUUUUCAACCCAGAUUUACCUAUAUUUCGCGUGGUUUACACCAUAUUUGAUUAUCACAAUUCAUAAGGUAAAUAGCAGCACACCUGAAGACAAUAUGGAGGAAACCAGAGAACAGGUGAUAGAAUCAGAGUUGGCACAGGUGAAGCAGAAAGCUCCGCUCAUCGAAGGUGUAACGCUGGUUACCUGUGUGGAGCUGUCUGUUAGGCUUGGCAUCAAAGUAACAGAUCAGAAACAUGUGACACUAAUUGUGAUGUUCCCGCCUAAAUACCCACACGAAUCAAUCGUCAUGGAGCUGAAGAGCAAGUCCUUGUCAGAGAAACUGCUGGACGGGCUACUGAAGGUCUGUGAAGAACAAACCAAGAAGUGGGUCGGCCAACGUCAGAUUUUACUCCUGACAAAUUUUGUACUGAAUUUUCUUCAUGAAAAUCCCCUCUGUGUAUGUAGUGAUGAAAUACAAACUGUUAAAAAAACCUUGUUGACGUCGGAUGAUUCGCUCAAGUUAAAACAGAAAACAGCAGAAAUUGGACUAAAGAUAAAACAGGAUAAUUACUUUAUGAACAUACGAUUAGGUAUCCCGGAAGGCUAUCCAGCGAAACAAGUAACUGUAGAGGUGGAUGAACACAACUACCCGGAUCUACUCAAAACAAACUUCGCAGCCCAGGCCGUUGAGAUAGCCCGACGCUGUGUUCAGCCUCCAAUAAAGAAAAAACCCAAGGACCCGCCUUUCCAGGUAAAAGCCUCGCUACUCCCGGUGUGUAAAUUUCUUAUAGAAGACUCGUUAAAAAAGUACCCAAGAAUGACGUGUUCGUUGUGUAAGGAGCAGGCUCUCUCGAUAAACCCGGACGAAAAACAGACAGAUCCCAGGAAAAAUGUAGAGCGAGUUUACUGUGGACAUUUGUUUCAUUUUGGAUGUUUAAAAAGAUAUUUAAAGACGCCUCCUUUUGCAGAUGGUAAAAAAUGUCCGGAUUGUGGUAAACAGAUAUUCCAUGAGAAAUGGCGAAUAUCUCCGCAACUUGCCGAAGCACGCUGGGCUCACAAACAGGCACGACAGAGGGAGCUAGCCGAGGUCAUGGACUUCCUACAAUGAUGUCUUAUUUUAUCCUAGGGCUAUUUUUACAAUUUUAACUGACUUGAAAUGUUUCAAUACGUAUUGUUCCUGCUGCAGUUGGUCAAGCUGUGAAGACAAUGUUUUUAUCGACCUCGGAAAUGUUGGAGAUGAGUGUUUUUUUGUAUAUUAUUUGUAUGCUUUAGGAAUCUCGAUUUAGCUUGUAAGGUACAUAGGAAUUGGCAUCGUGAUGCAUUUUACUAGAAAACAAUUUUAAAGUAAUGAUAGGUUUAAUAUCAGAGCACCUCCCCUCAGAACACAGGGUCCUGUGUCUGUACAGAAAUGCCAAAAGCACAGAGUUUAUAACCCUGAGAAAUAAUUGAAUCUUUUAACUCAUUCACCCCUGAAAGUUUAUAAUGAACUAUUCUAACAGUAGAAUUGGAAGAUUUUAAAUGUGUUUUCAGGGGUAAAUGAGUUAACUUUCAUUAGUUAAUUUUAAAAUUGUCAAAGACACUUGGUAAAUGUGGUGUCUUUAUACAAACUUUAAAUUGACUAAUUCAAGUUGGAUAAACAUGAUAACCUACCACCACUCCUCGGGGAACCUCUAUAUAUCAAAUGUAGGUCACUGUGACCUAUAUUGUCUGCUUCAUGCUAAAGCGGGAGUUGGAACAUUUGUAUGUUUUGAUUUUUUUUUCUUUUCUAGUUUCUACAUUAGAUUACUCUGAUAUUUGAGUCCCAUUUAUGAGGAAUAAUGAAAUUUGUCUUAUAUGCUUAUCAGAGACUUGUAGCUGGAUACAAGUUUUGGUUGAAUUGUCCAUCAUAAUAAGGUUUAGCCUUGGCGUUUUUUGAAAACCUUCAAAUUGUCACAAUAUCUUAAUUUUUGGUUGUUGUAAAUUUGUUAGAUCAAUUGACGAAAUUAAUUUGGAACAAAGUCAAUUUUUGUUGAAGUCAUGUUGUUGAAUAUUUGAGGGUAAAAUAAUUGUUUGAUUUUUUUUAUAACCAGAUACAAAAUGUAUUUAAAAAUAGGGCGACUUUGUUGAAGUAGUACUUGAUUCUAUUUGUUAGGUGAAGUACAAAGCAAGUUUGACUCAGUCAAGACAUGACAGUGGCUCAGGUAAAAUAAAGAGUAAACUUGACUUGAGUCAAAGUAUUAAUACAUGAUGGUGACUCAGAAAAAGUAUAGAAACAAAUUGACUCUGGUAAAACUAAUAACAUAUGGUGAGCCACAAAUGUUUAAACUGGUGUAAGUCCGUACAUCAACAGCCUAUGGGUGGGCCUGGUCCCAGACAAACCAGUUUGUUUACUUUUUAACGUAAUAUUUACAGAGUAUAGAAUCGACACAUGUUAAUGUAGGCCCUGAUUAUCUCUGUCAGGUCCCGCCAGGAAGCAAAAUCAGAUAACUAGGUCUGUCUAUUAUUCAUAUACUGGUCCAACCAUACGAAAGUUUAUAAAUGGAAGCGAUGCAAAUGUUGUGUAGAUUUAUAAAUAUUACCAUUAUAUUAAUGAAUAAUCAUUGUCAUGAAGCCUAUCGCUUCUCAACUGAUGUUUGAAAAAUUAUGUAAUUUGCAGAUUUUGCCUUCAAUUUAAAUUCUUAUAAUAAGCUUUACUUUUAUGUUGAAUUUUGGGAAUGGAAUUCCUUGCCAUUAAAUGACAUAAAAAGUAAUCCCCUGCAAUGUGUAAGUUAAGUAUUGUUUGUUGUUCAGGUAUAUUUGAUCUGGUAAUAUCACUGUAUCACUGACAAUACAUCUGGGUCUUAGCUUAUUGAUGAUUUUUUUUACAAUGUAUUAUAUUUGAUUGUGAGCGGAAAACCUGACCGUUAUUUUGCCUUUAUAAGGAGUUUUAAUGAUGUACAUAGUUAACGAUCAUUAUUGUUUGUCAGUACGUAAGUAUUACAUGUACCUGUAACAUUGAGUGGGGCUGAUGUAAACAAGUACAGGCAUGGUUUCUCACCUGGUCAACAAGUAUUUGGAUAUUUGUCAGUAUACAGAUUUUAUAACCCCCACCCCCCGUAUGUAUACUGUAUACUGUGAAAUUUGAGCCCAGUCAAAGUUUCGCCCUUCGACCAUGAAAUCAAUUUUUGUCCAUCACAUUUAAUUAUGAUGUUUAUUAUGCUUUUUACUUGCAUUCACCCUCAUCACAGAGGGCGCAAAGGCGAAAAAAAUAAAAUUGCAUUGAAAACUUUCCCAGUAUACGGUUGGUACUAGUGGGGGACCUUGUUAAUGUGAUAAUAUGAUCACAUUUUCUAUCUGGAUGUUCUGACCGCAAUCUAAAAAUUUCACAAAUUUUGCUGCAUUCGCAAAAUAAGCGAAAUUAAAACCGUAGUGAAUAUUAGUAACUAUACAGUAGCGAGACCUCAUUAAUGCGAUAAUCUGAUUACAAUUUCUAUCCUAGCAAGACUCCACAGAAAAAGUUCUAGACUAGCAAGUUUCUUCAG